CUGACACACACAGCAGCCAGGAAGAAGACAUAAUCGGAGCACCAUCGACUUACUUUAAAUCUGAUGGUAAGAAACAUCGGCCCGCCGCCACCAUCGAAUGGUGAAAGCGCCGGUGCGGUAGCUCGGGCCUACAUGGUGGCCUCUCAGCCUGUGGCGCACUCUCCGGCCAUGGCGACGUUUGUCAGCGAGCUGGAGGCGGCUAAGAAGAGCCUGAGCGAGGCGCUGGGUGAGAACGUGAAGCAAUACUGGGCAAACCUAAAGCUGUGGUUUAAGCAGAAGAUAAGUAAGGAGGAGUUUGACGUUGAGGCCAGACGGCUCCUCACACAAGAGAAUGUGCACUCACACAAUGAUUUCCUCCUGGCUAUCCUCACCCGCUGCCAAAUCCUUAUUUCUUCUCCUGAGGGAGCCGGAGCGUUAAACUCUGCAACCAAACCUGGAAAGCCGAAGGGCAAGAAGAAGAUCUCGUCUGUUCGCCAGAAGUUUGAUCACCGUUUCCAGCCCCAGAAUCCUUUGGCAGGAGCUCAGCAGUUUGUGAGCCGGGAUCCCCAAGAGGAAGAGGAGCUGAAGUUGUGUUCCCACACGAUGACGCUGCCCUCCCGCGGCCAGAUGGAGGGACGGAUGAUCGUUACGGCUUAUGAACAUGGACUAGACAAUGUAACGGAGGAGGCCGUGACUAUAGUUAUGCUUGCUCUGGAGAAACAUCUGAAGGAUCUGAUAACCUCAGUGGUGUCACGUAGACAAGCCUAUCGCCUAAAAGACAGACACUUCAAAUACGCAUUUGGCUGCAAUAUCAAUCCCCAACCUUACCUGAGAAACAGCGUGGCCACCUACAAUCAGCUGCUAGAAUGCCAACCGAUGUUUUCUGCUACGGGAAACCAGAACCCCGGGACCACUGUACAUCCGGAUGACGCCGAGCAGCAAGCUGCCCUCUUACUAGCCUGUUCCGGGGAUAACCUGCCCCCUAGCCUGCCUCCAGUCAACAUGUAUGACCUCUUAGAAGCUUUGAAGAUACACAGAGAAAUUAUCCCAUCACACACAGUAUAUGCACUGAACAUUGAGCGGAUACUAAUGAAGCUCUGGCACCCUAAUGAAGGGGAGCUGCAACAGGACAGAAUUCACCGACAGAGGCUAUCAGCCAAGAGUGGACUAUUAUGCUGAGCGGAAUAUACCUUUCUAAGGACUCAUGGACCACGUGCCAGACCUAUUUUUGUUACUUGCUCUCAGAUUUUGUCCUCUGCAAAAGACAGAAUUGGAACAGUUUAUUAAAAUUACAUGAUUUUUUUUUUUUUUUUUAUAAAUAAAAAGAAAAGAACAAAA